UUGCAGACGGAGCAAAGUCCGCCGGGCAGGUGAACAGGAGCCGGAAUUUCUCUUCAACCGGCGAGUGCGGUCAUAACUUUCCCGGAACUUUGGGAACUACAUCUCACCUGAGAUAGCUGCAAAGUUUCACGACUGGAUGCGCACACACACUUCUAUUCCUGUUCGGGGAAAGGCGGUUUUAUUUUUAUGUUUAACUUGUUCGUGUUGCCGUUGCCAUGGCUCUCUCUGAGCUGUACACCAAGUAUAACAGAGUGUGGAUUCCGGAUGCCGAGGAGGUGUGGAAGUCAGCCGAAAUUUUACAGGACUUCAAAACUGGGAACCGUGUCUUGGAACUGCAGCUUGAAGAUGGAACUGUACUGAACUAUGCCCUAGAUGCAAACCAAGAGCUGCCCCCUCUCCGGAACCCCGACAUCUUGGUGGGGGAGAAUGACCUCACGGCCCUCAGCUACCUGCAUGAGCCUGCCGUUCUCCACAACCUCAAAGUUCGCUUUGUCGAAUCCAGAAUCAUCUACACCUACUGUGGUAUAAUCCUGGUCGCUAUAAAUCCUUACAAGCAGCUGCCCCUUUACGGAGAUGCCAUAAUCCAUGCCUACUCAGGCCAGAACAUGGGAGACAUGGACCCCCAUAUAUUUGCAGUGGCUGAGGAAGCUUACAAACAGAUGGCUAGGAAGAACAAGAACCAGUCCAUCAUAGUGAGUGGAGAGUCUGGGGCGGGGAAAACUGUGUCUGCCAGGUACACCAUGAGGUAUUUUGCUAUGGUCAGUAAGUCUGGCAGCAAGGCUCACGUGGAGGACAAGGUUCUAGCAUCCAACCCCAUAACAGAGGCCAUCGGCAAUGCAAAGACAACUAGAAAUGACAACAGCAGCCGUUUUGGGAAGUACACGGAGAUUAGUUUUGACCGAAGAUACCAAAUCAUUGGGGCGAAUAUGAGAACAUACCUUCUGGAGAAAUCCAGAGUAGUAUUUCAGUCAGAGAAUGAGAGAAACUAUCACAUAUUCUACCAGAUGUGCGCAUGUGCAGACGAGCCAGAAUUCAAGGACCUGAGACUAUUGAGAGCGGAUGAAUUCACCUACACGAGUAUGGGAGGUGCGACCAGCAUCGAUGGCGUGGAUGACAGAGCGGAGAUGACAGAGACACGGCGGACGUUCUCUCUGCUGGGGCUGAAGGAAGCCUUUCAGUCGGACGUAUUCAAGGUGUUAGCAGGAAUUCUGCAUUUGGGAAACAUAGAGAUCAAAUCUAAAGGGACCGAUACAUCAUCAGUCAGUACCAGCGACAGGCACCUGGCCACCUUCUGCGAUCUUCUGGGUGUCAGCGAUCAGGGCUUGUCCCGCUGGCUGUGCCACCGGCGCAUCGUCCUUGUGGCCGAGACCGUGGUGAAGCCCGUUCCCAGGGAGCGUGCAGUCAAUGCCCGAGAUGCCCUGGCCAAGCACAUCUACGCCUACCUCUUCGACUGCGUCAUCCGCAACAUCAACACCGUGCUGCGGUUUGCUGGCAAACAGCACACCUUCAUCGGGGUGCUGGACAUUUACGGGUUUGAAACGUUUGAGGUUAACAGCUUUGAACAGUUCUGUAUUAACUAUGCAAAUGAAAAGCUGCAGCAGCAGUUUAACCUGCAUGUUUUCAAACUGGAACAAGAGGAGUACAUGAAGGAAGACAUCCCAUGGACACUGAUUGAUUUCUAUGACAACCAGCCUGUUAUUGACCUCAUUGAAGCCAAAAUGGGCAUACUGGACUUACUGGAUGAAGAGUGUUUGUUUCCACAGGGAACUGACCAGAACUGGCUCCAGAAACUAUACAACAACUACUUGGACAAGAAUGCACUCUUUGAAAAGCCCAGAAUGUCAAACCAGGCCUUUGUGAUUCAGCACUUUGCUGACAAGGUGGAAUAUCAGUGCAAAGGCUUUCUGGAGAAGAACAGAGACGUACUUUAUGAAGAGCUGGUGGACAUCAUGAAGGACAGCAAAUUCCGUCUCCUAUCAGAUUUCUUCCAAGAGGAAGAGCAGGUCCCUCCCCUAAGUAAGGGCAUUAAUGUGAGGCCUGCCAGGCCGAGCCUGAAACCAGCCAACAAGCAGCUCAGGACAACUGUGGGCAACAAGUUCCGCAGCUCUCUGUCCCUCUUGAUGGAAACGCUGAACGCCACCACCCCUCAUUAUGUGCGCUGCAUAAAACCAAACGAUGAGAAAAAUCCUUUUGAGUAUGACUCCAAACGAGUGGUGCAGCAGCUCCGGGCCUGUGGAGUUCUGGAGACCAUUCGUAUCAGCGCUCAGAGCUACCCCUCAAGGUGGACUUACAUUGAGUUCUACAGUCGCUACAGUAUUCUGAUGACCCAGUCUGAGCUGGGCCUUAUGGACAAGAAGCAGACAUGUAAGAAUGUCCUUCAGAGGUUAAUCCAGGAUCCUAACCAGUACAAGUUCGGCCGGACCAAGAUCUUCUUCCGUGCCGGCCAGGUGGCCUACCUGGAGAAGCUGCGAUCCGAUCGUCUGCGGGAGGCCUGCAUCACCAUCCAGAAGCACCUGCGUGGCUGGAAUCAGCGCAAGAAGUUCCUGCGCAUGCAGGCUGCGGCCAUCACCAUCCAGCAGUACGUGCGUGGAAAGAGGAUGAUCCGACAAGCUAUUACGGCUGAGAUGCUGAAGCAAGCCUGGGCAGCUGUCGUCAUCCAGAAGUACUGCCGCAGAUUCUUGGUCCGGCAGGUGUAUAAGUUGGUGAAGGUGGCCACUCUGACCAUCCAGGCCUACACCAGGGGGUGGCUCGCCCGGAAACGCUACAGACAGAUGGUGGCGGACCAUAAGGCCGUGGUGCUGCAGAAGUAUGCCCGAGCAUGGCUGGCCCGGCGUCGCUUCCAAAACAUCCGCCGACUCGUUCUCAACGUUCAGCUGUCCUACAGAGUCCAGCAGCUGAAGAAAAAGCUGGAGGAGCAGAGUAGAGAGAACCACGGCUUGCUGGAAAGGCUCACCGCCUUCGCAAACUCUCGCGCUCAAGACCUGGACAGACUUCAGAGGCUGGAGACGGAGCUCAGCAAAUCCGUCAGUGACAGGAAGUCCCUGGAGCAGCGCGAGAAGAUGAGCAAAGAGAGCGCAGAGCAGGUGAUUCUUCAGCUUCAAGGUCAGAAUGACAGGCUUGCUCAGGAGAAGCAGGACAUGGAACAGAGGCAUGCAGAGUCUGUGCAGGAAAUAAAGGACAGCACUGAGGCAUUAAAGAAGAGGUUUCAAGAGGAACUUGGGAGGGAAGAAAGACAAAGAAAAAUUGUGGAGAAUAACAUUGAUAUCCAGAAGGAGGACUAUCAGAAACAGACAGAAGCUCUGAAAGAGGAUAACAGGAGGUUGAGGGAGCAGAAUGUUAGUUUACAGCAGCAGAUUGAGGAAGAGAGUCAAGUCAACCGUGACUUACAGGAACAAGUUCUGCAGCUUACUAAGCACGUCAAAAUGAUUCCAGAACUGCGGAAAGAGGUUCAUACCCUCCAAACGCAGAAAGACGACCUGGAUAGAAAGCUAAGGCAACAGAGACAGGAAGCAGGAGAGAAAAUUUCUAAAGUCACCAGAGAACUUCUUGGUGGUAUAAACGACAAUGAACUUCUUGCCAGGAUAAUACCUGAGAAUCCUGAAGAUUUUGGUGAAGAUGGAGAAUUUCUGUUUGCUUAUGAAGCUCUACGUGAAGCCAGCAGAGUAAUGGAGAUGCGUUCUCGGGCUCAGAAAGAGGACAAUGACAGAGAAGUCCAAAGCCUGCGGCUGCAGAUGGAUCAUGUCCAGAAUGAGAACAACCAGCUGCAGAAGCUCUUCCAGGAAGAGAACAACGUCAAAGACAGCAUCCGGCAAGAGGUGGCUCGGCUCGCUGCUGAGAACAUGGUAAUACCACAGUUUAAGCAGCAGGUGUCAGAACUACAGAGACAGAAUCAAGAUCUAGAAGCCCGCAUCACAGAGCAGGCAGCGGAGAUGAAAGGUGAAAUGGAAAACGUCUCAAGCAGUCUCCGCAGCAGCCUAGAAGAGGAAGGUCUACAGAGAAGGCUCUUGCAGCAGCAAAAGGCAGAAUUUGAGAGGGGGAAAGCGGAGCUGGAGAACCGACUGGAGGAGAAAGAGGAGGAGAACGCUCAGCUGAGGAAGCAGCAGCAGGCUGAGAGUGAGGCCAAGAGCCGUCUGCGGCUGGAGACGUCGCGGCUCACUGCGGAGAACAUGGACUUUGAGGAACAGCUUGAUAUGAAAGACAGGUUAAUAAGGAAACUACAGAAUCAGAUCAAGAGUCUUCUGAAAACGGAGAAUGCCAAUCAAAAUCAAGCAUCUGCUGUCCCCAAAGAGUACCUUGGAAUGCUGGAAUACAAAAGGGAAGAUGAAUCAAGGCUUGUACAAAAUAUUAUUCUUGACCUAAAACCGAGGGGGGUUGUGGUCAACAUGAUCCCUGGGCUGGCCACUUACAUCCUAUUCAUGUGCAUCCGCCAUGCGGACUACCUUAAUGAUGACGCCAAGCUCAAGUCCUUAAUGAGCAGCAUCAUUGACGGCAUCAAGAAGAUCGUCAAGAAACACCAGGAGGACUUUGAGAUGCUGUCGUUCUGGCUUUCCAACACCUACUACAUGCUCAACUCUCUGAAGCAGUACAGCGGGGAGGAGGACUUCAUGAAGUACAACACCCCACGGCAGAACAAGAACUCCCUGCAGAAUUUUGAUCUGUCUGAGUACAGACAGAUUUUCAGUGACCUCGCCAUUCAUAUAUAUCACCAGUUUGCCAGCGUCAUGGAAAAGGCCCUGAUGCCAUUGAUUGUGCCUGGGAUGCUGGAGCACGAGAGUCUGCAGGGAAUCUCCAGCAUGAAGCCCACCGGCUUCCGCAAGCGCUCCAACAGCAUCUACGAGGACGCCGAGCUCUGCACCAUCUCCUCCAUCCUGCAGCAGCUCAGCCACUUCCACGCUGUCAUGCUGCAGCACGGCAUGGAGCCUGGCCUUGUCCGACAGGCCGUCCGGCAGCAGUUCUUCCUGGUGGGGACGGUGGCCCUCAACGGCAUCCUGCUGCGGAAGGACAUGUGCUCCUGCAGGAAGGGCAUGCAGAUCAGGUGUAAUAUUAGCUACCUGGAGGAGUGGCUGAAGGAGAAGGACCUCCAGACCUCUGGUGCCAUGGAGACCAUGGAGCCGCUGUCACAAGCAGCCUGGCUUCUGCAGGUCAGCAAAUCCACCGACGAGGACGCCAGGCAGAUAUCGGAGACGUGCACUGAGCUGUCCCCCGUGCAGAUUGUGAAAAUUCUGAACUCCUACACACCCAUAGAUGACUUUGAGAAACGGGUGGCACCGUCUUUCGUCCGCAAAGUUCAGGCUUUGUUGCAGGACCGCGCUGGAUCCACACAGCUCAUGCUGGACACGCAGUAUCGCUACCAGGUCAUCUUCCCGUUCGCCCCCUCCCUCCAGGCCCUGGAGCUCAUCCAGGUCCCCCACAGCCUGAGGCUGGGCUUUCUCACCAGGAUAUGAUGCUCGCGGUCAUGUGACCACACUGGGGGUCGCCUCUUACAUCCAAAUACACUGAUUAUGUCAAAUGAGGUAUCAGAGGAAUCAAAUAUAAUGUUUAAAUAUCAGUUGUCAAGGGAUUAAUAAUUAUGAAUCAUUAUUGAUAAUCUUCAAGUAAAUUUUUAUUACGAAUAUCCUGCACUGCAAAGCAUCAGUGUCAACUGCAUUCAGUAAAUUAUUAGUUACUAUUUUAAUACAUUAAUAAUGCUAAUCAAAUAAUGUAACUUUCUGCCUUACACAAAGUGUUAUUUACAUGGGGGAAAACACAGUGCCCUGGAAAUGCGGUGUUGCACUCACUCAAAUAAAAGGUCAUGUAUAUUUUAUGCACCUAUAUCUGUCAUCAGCACAGACACAUUGUGUCAAUGUUUUUUUGUUUUGUCUGAAGACCUGUUUUAUACCCAUAAAUGAAUAUAAUUUAAAUCACUUAGAAAAUUAUCUUGGAAUGGAAUAUAGACUACAUGUAUAUAAUAUAUUAUGUAAAUUAUUCUUAAGAACAAAACAUUUUUGAUUGUGUAACUAUGACGGAAAUGUAAUUACCAAAUGUACUUCAAAUGCCAGUGUCAUUUUGAAGUCCUAAUGUUUUUAACAAUAAUGUAUGAAUUGGUCACUGUUCUAAUUCUAAACUCGUUUUUUUGUGAACUGUAUAUUUUUCUCCAAUGAAAGUUUACCUGCUGGUUGAAAGUACUGCGCUACUUGAUGACAUUCCAUCUUAAAUGAUCUUAAAUGAUGGGGUUGUUUAUGUCCCUGUUACAUGCUUCCAUACUUUAUGCAGCAAUGUUGAAAGUGCUACAAAUAUAUCUGAUUUUCAAUGUGUACAUUUAUUAAAUCAUAAAUUACAUUUGCA